AUGUCCGGAGCCAUCCCCACCAGCACCUCGGUCACUGAGUCGGCCGUCAUCAAGGGUGUCCCUCUCUCUCACGUCUGGCACUUCAUCAAGCUCCAGGACUUCAACAAGUUCUGGUCUGCCCUCGACAAGGCUGAGUACUCUAAGGGUACCUCUGAGGAGACCGACAUUGUCAAGUGGCACUUCAAGGACGGCACCGUCAUUGAGGUCAAGCAGGAGGAGCACUCUUCCCUCAACCACUACAUCACCUACUCUGUCAUCACCGCCAACCCCGCUCUGAGCUACACCUCGGCCGUCAGCACCAUCCGCUGCUUCGCCGUCACUUCUGGCGAGAACGAGAACAGCACCUUUGUCCAGUGGACUGGCAACUUCUCCUCUGACGCCGACGCUGGUAAGUCCCACUCCUUGUCUAUCGUUAUCAGUUCCAGCACUAACAUGCAUGUCCAGNGUGUCAUUGAGGACGCCAAGUUCAAGCGCCGUGAGGCUCUCGCCGACCUCGCCAAGGCCGCCAAGAAGAUGUAA